AUGACAAUGUCGGGAGAGAGCGAGAUGGAGCAGAUGGCGGCGGGGACGGGCAAGGGCGACGAGCGCAAGGAGGCGCAGCGGAAGAAGAUAGUGCGAUUCUCGGGGAACGAUGACGACGGUGACGAUGACGACGCCAAGCCACGGCGCGCGGUGCUGCCGGAAAAGAAGCCGAAGAAGGCAAAAGGCGCGCCCGCCGCCGCUGACAUCAGCGCGAUGGACCUCGACGACCUCGGCGCGGAGCCCGGCGCGGCGGCGCUGAUGGGCUCCGCGGAUCCGCGCGUGGCGGCGCAGGCGCGCGCGCAGCAGCGGAAGAAGGGGAAGAGCAAGUGGGGGGACACUGCGUUCGGGGGCGUGGAGGACGUGGCGCGCGCUGAAGAGGACUUCCAGGGAGAGGAGGAGGAGCAGGAGGCAAUGGAGCCGUUCAACCUUCAGCAGGAGCGCGAGGAGGGGUACUUUGAUGCCGAGGGCAACUAUGUGGAAUACAGAGAGGACACCGAGGCCACGGAUGCAUGGCUGGCGACGGCAGAGGUAGACCCCACUCUAGCGGCCAAGGCAGCAGCGCGCGCACAGGCAGCGGCGGCAGCGGAGGAGGCGGGGGGCAGCGAGAUGGGGCACGGCGAGAUGGCGGCCAUCAGGCGGCGCAUCGCUGAUGCUCUCAGGCCAGGGGAGACG